CGCCGCGCGUCUCUCCAAGGGUCGAGUUCAUAAAACCAUUGCUCACCGCCGCACCAGACAUAUCAAAAGAAAAAGUCCCCACAGCUCAGCCGGUGUGCCGCCUAUUCCCUGCCUCAUGCAACCAGACGAUCACAGACUCGAACGAACCGACGAAAGCGAGGAGAUUUAUUUCCCCAAAGAGGAGUCUGGGGGGCGAGUCAGCGGAGCAAAACGACAAAAAGUUAUUUAGGUUCACCAGAAGCAGGGGCCGCCAGCUGGGUGAUCUGAGUGAUUCCUGACGUUGAUGCGACCCGAGUGUGCCUGGAGCAUGUCCACAGUGGUCCUGACUGCCCAGGAGAUUUCUUUUCCCAUAGAAAACCCCUUCCUGAGGGGCGGCUACGGUCACAGCAUGGCUGAGUCGGACAACUUCUACUUCAGUAUUGACACCCCGCAGUCGGAUCAAAGCUCUCGAUCUCAUCAUAAAGGGCCACCUCCACCAUCUCUAAAUCAUGAAAGACAGAAACACAGUCCCAGUUCACAGAGGUUACCACCGAAGACAUCUCGGCCCUCCCAUCUCUACCUGUCCUGCGCUGCAGAACCUUCCACCCCGAGCCCUGCCGAUGACGACCAGGUGGUCCCCUCAUUCCAGAGGCUCUCCGUAUACGAGUGCAGCAGUCCUCCGCAGACGCCGGGCAGGUGUUCCAAGCCUCUGCCCCCCAUCCCUCCACAAACGGACAUCUCCCCCGAGCAGGCUAUGGACAAUGAGGUGGAGUUCUUCACGAGUUCGGACGACAGCCGCUGCCUGGUGUCUGAUCAGUGUCCCAAAUCGUCUCCCUUUCGAUACGGGGUGCCCAGUCGAAGGAGCUUCAGGGACUGUGGUCAGAUUAACUACGCUUAUUACGACGGCCCGCAAAGCCAGAGGCAGCCCAAGCAGCCGAAGCAGCAGCAGCAGCAGCAGCAUCAUCACCAUCAUCAUCAUCUUCAUCAUCAGGUGCAGCAGCAUCAAGCGCCUCCUCCACAGGAAGUGCGGGAACAGUAUGAGCUCCAGCGACCGGAACCACCCGACCCAGCGGUCGUUCAGAGACAGCAGGACAAAGCGCAGAGGAGACUGCGACGCUCUCACUCCGGCCCGGCCGGAUCCUUAAACAAACCCUCGCUGCUGCGCCUCACGUACCCCAGGCGCCACACCCAGAGUGCGGACAAGCCCGAGGUUCCCCCCCCUAUCCCUCCCCGAACCGUCAAGACGGGAGACCACCGCCGCUGGUCAGCCGAGGUCUCCUCCGGGGCGUACAGCGACGAGGACAAACCCCCCAAGGUGCCACCAAGGGAACCCUUUUCCAGAGGCAGCUCCCGCACACCCAGCCCCAAGAGCCUCCCGACAUACAUCAACGGGGUGAUGCCCCCGACACAAAGUUUUGCACCGGACCCCAAAUACGUCAGCUGUCGUGGUUUCCAGAGACAGAACAGCGAGGGCUCCCCGUGCAUCCUCCCGGACAUAGAGAACGGCAAGAAGGCCAGCGCCACACAUUACUAUCUGCUGCCUCAGCGGCCCCCUUUCGUGGACUCUCCUUGUGUGGAGAAAUUUCUUCGGGUGAUGCAAAGCCCCGCAGCUCGCAAUACAGAUGUAUCAGACUGGGUCUGUCCCCCCAGGGGAAAGCACAUGUGGAUUUAGUGUGAGCGAUUAAGUGGAAGUAGAGGAAGAAUUAUACUAUCCAUGAGCAAAAGCCACUUGAAAAAAAGGGUGAAACUGGACACUAACGACCCUCAAACGGCUGCUUUUUAUAUAUAUAUAUUUUUUAACCCGCUAUGUAUUCUGAACACAUAGGGUGUGUGCGCACUGUAUUCAGUUACUGGUGAUGUUGAGUAGCUUUCACAGCCAAGAUGCAUUAUGUAAAGACUAUAUCUCUGUCUAUAGAUUGUAGAGCUUACUUUUGAUAUGACUUUUUUAUUUUAUUUCGUGGCAUUCAAUUUUGCGCAGUUUUGGUUGAUGUCGUGGUCGCUCAGAAGGUACAAGCGGGCCUUGAACCUCGUUUGUUCAGUGUUUUUCUGCGUGUUGAAGGUUGAGGAUGUUUCGCGAGAUGCGUUGAUGCUGCUUUUGUAUCUCGCAACAAGGGACAAAGGGUCAGUAAUGUAACCAUGAAUAACUUAAUAUAUGAAGUAUAGAUACAAGGCCAAUUAAUUUUUAACAAAAUGAAGGAUAUUAGCACACAAAUCUCUUUUCUGUUUGCUAUUGUAUAUCAACACUGUUUCUCUGCCUUGAUGAAGUUUCAGUUUUACUCAGGCCAAUAAGUCUUUUGUACUCCGAGGUCGGUACAUUACUGGUAGCUACACGUGUUUCUAUUGAAGCGUCUAGUGUGUGUUUGUGUGUGUGUGCGCGUGUUUGCGUGCAUGUGAGCAUAAGUUGGGAAAGUGUUUUCCGAUGACGGUUUAUAGAAAUGACUUUCUACGAUUGGUAGAAAACCGUCAGCCGUACUUGUUACUGUGCUCUGCUUAUCUGCAGCGCCGGCUUCGGAGCACAGCCUCGAAAAAGUCACUGCGUUCUUUCGGUGUUCAGGUCUGUUUUGUUGCACAGAAAUCGGCCUGUUGAACAUCGGGCUGAACGCAAUUCUCAUUGAAAUUCUAUCAAACAAUUGGAGGAGCUUUUUUUCUUUCUUUUUUUUAAAUGUAGGGGUCAACCUGUGAGUAAUUGGCCUCAAGUACUACCUCCUUUUUUUGUAUUAACACUAUAUUUCACAUACUCUCCCUUUUUAAAUCAAGGAAACCUUUUUAAAUGAUGAUCUACUACCAGCUCCAUAUGUGACCUGACGCAUUGUUUCAAGUGCGCCUCAACUAGGACGAACACGAAGGCACUUCUAACCGGAUAUCCUUAAAUAGAGAUUUUUUUUUUAGAUAACGCGGAUCUUGGAUGACAGAGAUGUUCGGCCAACCUGUUAAUACAUACAUGCAUUACAAAGACAGCACAGGGUUUACCUACCUGACACGGACUUUCCUGUUCUGCACAUGCAUUCCUGCCUUACAUGAUUGCAGUAGGUGUGGUCCGAGAGACUGUGGCUGCUGGCAGCCUAGAAAAUAUAAUAAAACCUUUUUUAUUGUUGUAGGUUAUUCAAGAAGCGUCAGGAUGAUUAUAGUAAAUGUAGCACAUGUAUGUAGGUGUCGAACACGGUGUUCAGGUCAGGAAGUGGAAAAACUGCUACGGUCAAACGGUCAUUGAAAUAUACUUUCUCACAAAACCUUUCUAACACAGUUGCUUUUGACUUAAAUGUCUGAAAAAAAUGUUUACAUCAUACACUGAUACUAUUUAAUCUUAAAGUAUUCAUAAGUCUUAUUAGAAAUAAUAAAACAAUGAAAAAAAUGAAGACUAGUUCAUCAUGAAAUGGUGGUGAAGACAUGCACAGGGGAGUACAGUAUGCUGUGUACAGUAUUUAACAAUUCCAUUUUUUUUGUUAUGUGUAGUUGACUGGUAUUCUUUAAAAAGAAAGCAAAAUAAAAUGACUUAUUUAUGA